AUGGAUCGAUCCAGACGAUCCUCAGCCCACACAGAUCAGGGCAAGAGCAAGGACUGCAGAGGUCUAAUCUUUGUGCAAAUGGAAACAGUGAAGAGGAGCAACGUUGUUGUGAAAUCGUUGAUGAUAUCAGACUGUUCAGAUGAAACUCAGUAUAAUAAGCAGGUUUGCAAAUGGGCCAUUAAGAAGACCAUGGUAAUUUACUUUGCAACUCACUGUUCACCACUCAGUGAUAGAUAA